AUGUCAAAGGUCAAGAUAUUACUGGUUGGUUCCGUCGGGGAGAACUUUAAUGUGUUAUCCAAGAAGGUUAACUCGUUGAACUCAAGCAAGGCUGGUCCAUUCGACGUCUGCUUCUGUGUUGGUCCAAUCCAAGUUCCAAAAGAUUUGGAUUCCGAUCUACCGUUGCCAGUUUAUCUGCAAGAUUAUCAGCCAGACAAAGACGCCGCACAAGAGAAAUCGUCAAACGGUAUUGUGUCGUUGGGUAAAAAUCUGUGGACAUUCCAAAGAACCAACGACAGCAAGUCAUUCGAAUCGUAUGACGUUAAGUUAUCCAACCACUCCCAUCCUUUGAUUGUUGCAUCAUGUUCCCGACACAUCAGAUCAGAUGACCUAUCCAACAAAGACCAACCGCAGUGUGAUAUAUUACUGUCUUCGGAUUGGCCACAGGGCAUGGAAGAUGUUGUGAAUGUAGAUACAGAACCUCUGAGUUUCGAUUUGGCCCAGGUCGCAUUGCUCCAUCGACCAAGAUAUCAUGUCGCUCCGUCGACCAAGUUCUACCAUGCAUCUCCUCCUUACAACUUUCCCAGUAGCACCCACGUUUGCCGAUUUUUGGCGUUGGCACCAGUGAUUCAAGAGAAACCUUCAAAGACAACGAAGUUUGUGCACGCGAUUGGAUUGGUGCCGCUGAAGGCCAAUCCCCCACCUACAACCGCACCAUCGACGCUUCCCUGUCCAUUUAUUUCGACGACAAGCCCCGUCAUCACCAAUAACAAAGCAUCUACAAAGUUCAAUACAAGCUCCAACUCAAAUUCCAAUGACUUUCGAUUUAACCUUGGUGGAAACAAACGAGGUCGCAAUGGUGAGGGUGGUGACGCUGAGGGCAACGCAGAAAACAACCUAGAACCACCGGAUGAUCCUGAGGUCAAUACACUCUUCUUGUAUGGGCUACACAGGGAUGUCACUGGGGAGUUGCAAUCUACAGAGUCAUCAAAAGUCUUGACUGCCUUUUCCAAAUAUGGCGUCACCAGGGUUCGUCAUCCCCCAAACAGCCGAACGACUACCUAUUGCUUUUUGGAAUUCGAAGACCAAAAGAAGGCUUUGGCGUGCAUUUUGGAUUGUAGCGGAAAGUAUACUAUUGAUGGCGUGGAACUGACACUCAAAUGGGCGACGCAAAACAACCGAAAGAAACAACGGCAAGAACCACAAUAUCACUUUGUCACACAAGCUGAGGCACCAAACUCGACAACUCUAUACUUCCAUCCACCAAAGAAAACAGAUGACAAUGAAGCUUUGGACGAAUCCUUCUUCAAGGACGUGUGUACAUACAUGCAAAAUACAUUGGAGGACGCUUUGAACGAAGGGAACGAGGAAGAUGAUCGGGUCACUGCGGAAACUGAGCCGGCAUUGAAAGUCGAGCUACGGCCGAAAGAAACCUUUGCGUUUUUGGAGUUCUCAUCCCAUGCGGCUGCAACAAUGGCGCUAGCAGCUGUGACAAACAGCACAGAUGGGGGGCUUCUUCUGGAGGAACCAACAAACGCUUCGAAACCAGCAGCAAAUCUUGUUGGUACUACUCUCCGAUGGGCCAAGGGGGAACCAAAGCAAACAGGACGGGAAAAGAUAUUGGAAGCUCUUGGCUUGGAACGACAGCACUAUCCCGCAGAUUCAAGAACUGAUUGCUGGUUCUGCCUGUCUUCGCCAACGUGUGAGACACACCUCAUUGUUGGUGUGUAUCAGCAAUGGUAUGCAACCAUGCCAAAAGGACCUCUACACCCUGGCCAUGUUCUAUUGGUACCGGUGGAGCAUACAAACAGAGGGGCAUGGAGUUUGGAAACAGACGAAUGGAUGGCUCUUGUGACCAAAUUGAAACUUCAUGCUGAUCAGACAUAUGAUAUGGAUCUCUUUAUCUUUGAGCGUGCGAUGGAUACAAAAGGCGGAUAUCACAGCCACAUUCAAUGUGUUCCAAUCCCAAAGACGUGUACGAGUAAGCUACGGGCCACCAUGAUGGCCCAUUCUAAAGCGAGUGGAUUCACUCUGAGACCUAUUGAAUCCGACUUGGGUAUUGAAACUAUGGUUUCUGCUGAUGAUUCCUAUUUCUACGCAGAGAUUGUUACGCAAUCUCACAGCCAUCGUUUCCUGUACAAGCACAAUGACGAUGCGCCGAGGUCGGCUGUCCCGCUUCAAUUCGCUCGAGAAGUCUUGGCAUCAGUUUUGAAGGAGCCAAAACUUGCUCACUGGAAGUCAUGCGUUCUUGAGAAAGAAAAGGAAAGCGAAAUGGCAUCAGAACUCCGAAGCAGUUUCAGCCCAAUGAUGUCGUAG